CCCAUUUCCACUAAACCAUCCACCUAGACCCAACCCUAGACAUAUAUACUCCUUAUACACCAAACCUCCCCAUUAUCCAUCAGUUAAACCGACUGAUGCACUGCACCUCGAUCAUCCAAAAUUACUUCUCCCUGGCCUAACGAUUCAUGAGAAAAUUGAUGCUCUACAUCUCCUUCCAUCAGUAUCUCCUACACCCCUCUUAUGCACCAAAAGAUCAUCCGUAAAUCUCAUGUUCUCUGUUGAUGAAUUGGAUUCCACCAAGAUGCCCUCUAAGCCUCUACCCCCGUCUGAUGCCGGCCAGGUAUAUACUUCGCAUUGAAAGGACCAACAAGUUUGAAAAGUCAAAAGCUUAACUUUUGGACCGCAACACUUUAUGGAGCCCUGUUCUUGCAUUCAAUGCCUAGAUCAACAAAGUAGAGAUUCUUGGAAGUGCAAAGUUUUUGAAGUCUAACACUCAACCUACAGGAACCAAAGUACAAUUAGUCCAGUUUACGGCACAGAGCAAUUAAUGUGCAUUUAUUGCGGUAGAGCUGAGCUCUUAAUGUAAACCCGACCCGGCCCAUAUUUAUCUGGUUGUUUGGGCGGGAAAUUGGUCUGGAUUUCUCUUGCUUUUGUAUAGAAAGAUGUCUAUUACCUUCCCCUAUCUCUAACAGUUCUAAGAGUAUAGGUCUUUCUAGUGCCAGUCUAACCAUAAUCCAUAACAGUCCCAUUGUAAACCUCCAAGACACUCUACACACUCUAUGGAAGACCAGAAAAUCUAUUUAAUAAGAGAAAAGGUCAAUCUGAUUUGAAGCCUAACUAAAUUUUAAUAUGUAUCUAUAAUAA